UUACAUUUUCCAGAUGAAGAAGCUAAAACCAAAGAAAAUUCAGCCGAGCAAACGAAUGGUAUCAACCACAUAAGAGGAUCUCGAUCUUGGAACUUCAAACGGUGGCUUCGGUUAGUUCUUUAUACAAUCUUGCUCCUCAGCGGCCAGUCGGUGGCUACAAUUCUCGGAAGACUUUACUUUGAGAAAGGUGGAAGUAGCAAAUGGGUGGCAACACUUGCCCAACUUGGAGGCUUCCCAGUUCUAGUUCCUUUAUACUGCAUUCUUCUAUUCAAAACUCCGACUUCAAAUAAAAUUAUCGACACUAAUCCACCAUCUUUCCUGAAGCUGUUAAAAUUGGUCUAUGUACCCCUUGGUUUACUUUCAGCUGGAAGCUGCUUUCUCUAUUCAGUUGGCUUAGAGUACCUUCCUGUAUCUACAGUUACUCUCAUUAUAGCAUCCCAGUUGGCCUUUAAUGCUUUCUUCUCUUAUUUCCUUAAUUCACAAAAGUUCACUCCAUUUAUCAUCAAUUCUCUAGUUCUCCUCACCAUUUCCUCUGUUCUCCUGGUAGUAAAUAAUCACUCCGAAAAGCCUGCUGGAGUGUCUAAAGGAGAGUAUGCGGCCGGGUUCAUAUGCACCAUUUGCGGAGCUGCGGUGUACGGAUUGUUGCUUGCUUCACAGCAGCUCGCCUUUCGAAAGGUACUAAAGAGGCAAACACUUAAAGUUCUCCUUGAAGUUAUAUUAUUUUCAUCACUGGUUGCAUCCAGCGCUAUACUGGUGGGAUUAUUUGUUAGCGGAGAUUGGAAGGGAUUAAAGAGAGAAAUGGAUGAAUAUGCACUGGGGAAGGUUUCCUAUGUCAUGACUUUGCUUUGGACUGCUAUAUGUUGGCAGGUUUUUGCUAUUGGUACUGUAGGAUUAGUUUUCGAGGUGUCUUCCCUGUACAGCAUUGCCAUUAGUACAGUUGGUUUGCCUAUUGUUCCAGUAAUUGCUGUCUUUGUUUUCCAUGACAAAAUGGACGGGAUAAAGGGAGUGUCCAUGGUGCUGGCUAUUUGGGGCUUCAUUUCUUACGUUUACCAGCACUACAUGGACCAUCAAAAGUCGAAGAUUGAAAACAGAAUAGCUAGUGAAAGUUCUGAAUAUUGCUCUCCUGGAGAGAUUAAUCAUGCAAAUAAUUGGGACUAGCUAGCUUCUAUGAAUGAAUCAUGAGACUACUCACUCGAAACUACCAUUUUAAGUUUUUCUAGUAGCCUGUUGAUUAAAGGCUAUAGCUGGGAAGAAAUUCCUAUCAAAUUAAUCUAUCCUCUUAGGAUGAUCUGUCAGUUAAUAACUGUGAUGGCGAUUGGUGUUCAGGUUUACAAUUUCCAGCUGUUAGA